UUAAAAUGUGUAAAAAGAGGUUUUAAAAAGCACAGAUGUUUUAAAUGUGUACAAAAGAGGUUUUCAAAAAGCACAGAUGUUUAAAAUGUGUACAAAAGACGUUUUAAAAAGCACAGAUGUUUAAAAUGUGUAAAAAAUGUUUUUAAAAAAAGCACAGAUGUUUAAAAUGUGUAAAAAAGAGGUUUUAAAAAGCACAGAUGUUUUCAAAAAGCACAGAUGUUUAAAAUGUGUAAAAGAAAAAAAAUGUGUACAACAACCAUUUUUUUUUAAAUACGAAUGGAAUAUUAAGUAUAGCAACAACAAAAAUUGUAAAGGGGGGCACUGUUGUUUAUUUGCUCUCUGGGGGGGGCUGACUCUCCCAUACUUUGAAAACCCCUGGGCUAGAGAUGAGAUGAGAUGAGAUGAGGAUUAGUUUGGCAGUUUCCCUUGUACCCUCAACAUCUGGUCAGGAGAGGAUGCCAAGUCAGCACUUCUCAAUUCAUCAUAACAGUCAUAGAAAAGUACAAUGUUGAUAAGUGGUGUGGCCCUCCAGGGCAGGGCUUAGAGACCGACAAAUUUUUUUUAAUGGUCUCUUCUGUUUUUCAAGGUCCAAGUUUAAUCUGACAAAUCUUUUGUGAAUGUUUCGUGCAGCCAAAUUCAGUCAUCUUCGAGUGUUUUUACCACGCCCCCAUUCCGGAUAACAUCCAAUCAUACCACGCGAUGGAGCGGAGUAUGUAAAUAUCGGCGUGGGCCACGCCCCCCUCGUGGCCGCUCUGAGUUGUGAUACGCCGGAGGAGGAAUUUCAGGAAGAAAGUUGUGUGCUACGUGUCCAAGAGUUGGGUUUCUUCCUCCCCUCGCCGCUCGGUCCCUCCUCAGCUCGCUGCUUUUUAACUCGCUCUCCGAGUGGCAGCCUCUGAGGCUUACACUUUACACAGUGAGACGCAGGGUCUGAGCAGUGCCAUCAUGUCUGGGAUCAAAAAGCAGAAGACGGAUCUCCAAAGGGCAACAAACAUUGUGUACCAAGCACACCAUGUGAGCAGGAACAAACGAGGCCAAGUCGUAGGAACCAAAGGUGGCUUUCGAGGUUGCACUGUGUGGCUGACAGGGCUGUCUGGUGCAGGGAAGACUACGGUUGGUUUUGCUCUAGAGGACUACCUCGUUUCCCAUGGCAUUCCGUGUUAUUCUCUUGAUGGUGACAACAUUCGUCAUGGCCUGAACAAGAAUCUUGGUUUCACCGCGGCAGACAGAGAAGAGAACAUCCGCCGUAUUGCAGAGGUGGCCAAGCUGUUUGCUGAUGCUGGCUUGGUUUGCAUCACUAGCUUCAUCUCUCCUUUUGCAAAGGACCGAACUGAAGCAAGGAAGAUCCAUGAGAUUUCGAAGCUGCAGUUCUUUGAGGUGUUUGUGAAUGCACCACUGGAGGUGUGCGAGAGCAGGGAUGUCAAAGGGCUUUAUAAAAAGGCCCGUGCUGGGCAGAUUAAAGGCUUCACAGGGAUUGACUCAGAGUACGAGAAACCAGAUUCCCCAGAGCUUGUACUGAAAACAGGAGAGCUCACAGUGAAUGAGUGCAUUCAGCAAUUGGUGGAGCUCCUUCAAGACCAGGGAAUUGUGCCCACUGGUUUGACGAAGGGUGUCAGUGUGCUUUUUGUCCCUGAAAACAAGAUGGAUUUGGCGCUGCGUGAUGCCAAUAUACUUCCUACUGUAAACAUCACCAAGUUGGAUCUUCAGUGGGUUCAAGUGUUGGCUGAAGGGUGGGCUACUCCUCUGAAAGGCUUUAUGAGGGAAAGGGAGUUCCUGCAGGUCCUUCACUUUGGCAAUCUACUUGAUGAUGGUGCCAUCAACCUUUCUGUACCAAUUGUCCUACCGGUGUCUAAGGAAGACAAAGACAGGUUGGAUGGUUGUGCUGCUUUUGCCUUGGAGUAUGAGGGUCGCAGAGUGGCCAUAAUGAGGAACCCUGAGUUUUAUGAGCACCGUAAGGAGGAACGAUGUGCCAGACAGUGGGGCACCACAUGUCUCCAGCACCCUUACAUCAAGAUGGUUAUGGAAGGUGGUGAUUGGUUGGCCGGUGGAGACCUGGAGGUGUUGGGGCGAAUCAAAUGGAACGAUGGUUUAGACCAAUACCGUCUCACUCCAAUGGAGCUUAAACAAAAGUUUAAGGAAAUGGGAGCAGAUGCAGUCUUUGCCUUCCAGCUGCGCAACCCGGUGCACAAUGGCCAUGCACUCCUCAUGCAGGAUACCAGGAAGAAGCUACUCGAGCGUGGCUACAAGAAACCUGUUCUGCUGUUGCACCCACUGGGAGGCUGGACCAAAGAGGAUGAUGUGCCACUGGAAUGGCGCAUGAAGCAGCAUGCUGCUGUUCUUGAGGAUGGUGUGCUAAAUCCUGCCAGCACCAUCGUAGCCAUCUUCCCCUCGCCCAUGAUGUAUGCUGGUCCCACAGAAGUACAAUGGCACUGCAGGGCCAGAAUGAUCGCUGGAUCUAACUUUUACAUUGUGGGCCGUGACCCAGCAGGCAUGCCUCAUCCAGAGACUAAACAGGACCUAUAUGAGCCCACACAUGGUAGCAAAGUGCUGACCAUGGCACCAGGCCUCAUGUCUGUCGAAAUCAUUCCGUUCAGAGUUGCUGCUUAUAAUAAAGUGAAGAAGGCCAUGGACUUCUAUGACAAAGACAGACACUGUGACUUUGAGUUCAUCUCUGGAACCAAAAUGAGGAAACUGGCUCGCGAUGGCGAGAAUCCUCCAGAUGGUUUCAUGGCACCCAAGGCGUGGAAGGUUCUCACGGAAUAUUAUGGUUCUCUCCAGAAAGAUUAACGUCUAAGGCAGUAACUUGCCACCUCACAAAGGGCAUCAGCUAAAUACUAUCUACUCAGUUUUAUAAAUAAAUUUAUAGGGAUUUAGUCCAGUAUAUUUAUAAUGCAAGUACUCUUAACUCAUGAUUUUAUAUUUCUUCUGUACAAUACUAAACAGAUUAUUUUUAAAUGUGUUUCAGGAGAGGUUGUAUAAAGCAAACUUGCUUCGGUACAGGGAACAUGAUAAAUGAUUAAUCAUGUAAAGUGAAUCUGUAAUUUCCUGUCAAUGUAAUCAUUUUAUGUCCUUUUAAAAAUCUAGGGUUUUUUUUUUUGCCUGUUUGAUGUACACUACAGCACCAUAUUUAAUAGCUUGAACUAGAAGAAUUCCUUCAAAAAUACACUAUACCUCAAUGUGUUAACUUGCAUUAACAUCCAGUUUACAUGUCCACCUUCAUGUGCUUGAAGCUGUCAUUUCAUAUUCAGGAUGAACGUCUACAAUGUAAAGAAAAAUAUCUCGGUGUAUCGGAGGAUAUGCAGGGUGCUUUAGGAUCCAUGUGAACAACAAAACAUUUAUUGGCUUGUUUUGGUAAAAGUAACAACUGAAACUUAUUUAUUACUAUUCAUUUAAUGACUGUAGCUUAAAUUAUACCUUUUGAUACUUGUCUGAUUUCUUCUGACCAUUUUUCAUCAUGGGUAACAUUACCAAUAAAAUG